AUGGUUAUAGUUAAUUGUCCGAAGCGUAAGCGUAAGACACUUUCGGUUAGAGCUGAAACUUCUUAUGAAAUGGCUAAAGACAAAUACCAGAAAUAUAAACAAUUUGAAGUUAAAUACGCUAUUGAAGCUGUUGUUAGUGCUGCGAUCUUGGAAAUUCCUGCAUAUAUUGAGGAGACAAGAGACAUAUAUAGAGAAUAUCGUAGUUUGUCGGCUUGA